AUGGAUUGGGAAGUCAGUGCUGAAGGGCAGUGCCCACACACAGGAGACGCCAAAUUCACGCCGGUGUUCUUUGCCGUGUGCUGUGUGAACGUAUUCUGCAGAUGCAUUCCUACUACUGCCCUUCCAUCUAUGUUACUAGAACGAUUUGUCGCUUCCUACUACAUCAGUGAUUAUGAAGCUAAGUCUCGUGUCUGGGUUGCUGGCGCUGCCAUUGUUCUUUCAUGUGCAGUUUCGUUAUUCUAUACUUCGGUGCUGAUGUUCGGUAUACUAGGUGUCGAUAAAGCUGUCAUUUAUGCAGUGGGAAUGUGUGUCGUUGCUUCUAUCACAUUCAUCACACUAUAUCGGCGAGAACGACGAAGACUCGACGAAUUUAUCAUAGGAACUCGAACUGAUCGUUAUCUCAGCACGAGAUACCAAAUAAUUGAAAAUUUUCGAGUUCUAAAGGCAAGUUCCUGGAUUUUUUACCAGGAAAGUAAAAUCGGUUAG